UGGAGCGGGGGUCCAUCCCGGGGAGCGCCCAGACUCUCCGAGCUCAGGCCCUGGCUGAGCGGAGGGGUGGCCGGGGCAGCAGGAGGUGGAGGUAGCACCGCAGGAGGAGGCGGAGCGGAGAAAGGAGGCAGGGUGAGGUGUUCCCGCAGAAUCUGCGUUCUCCUCGGCUCGCUGGCCCUCGUCUUCUUCACCUCGCUCUUCUUCUCCGUCUCACUCCGUGGGGGCGUCAGCUUCAACUACCUGGAGCCGCCCGGGUGGGAGGAGUCGAGGCGGGUGAAGCUAGUGCCCAGCUAUGUGGGCGCACACCGCCUGUCAGCACCUGACGCCCCGCAGCAGAAAACGUGUGCCUGCCCACGCUGUGUCGGAGACCCUGGCGUUUCUGAUUGGUUCGAUGAGAACUACGAUCCGGAUAUCUCACCUGUUUGGACCAGAGACAACAUCCAGCUGCCCUCUGAUGUCUACUACUGGUGGGUGAUGUUACAGCCCCAGUUUAAACCACACAGUAUCCAGCAGGUGCUGCUGAGGCUGUUCCAGGUGAUUCCUGGAAGGUCACCGUACAGCUCGUGGGAUCCGGGGCGCUGCCUACGCUGUGCGGUUGUGGGAAACUCCGGAAACCUCCGCGGGGCCGGAUACGGCGCCAGUAUAGACGGACACAACUACAUCAUGAGGUGAGGGGGACAGAGGCUGUGGACAGAGGAGCGAAGGGGAAGAAGGGA